AUGGCGACCUCCGGCGGGAAGGCGCGGAGGGAGGAGCAGAGCGACAAUUCUGACGACGAACUAUCACCACUAAAUAAUGACACAUAUGGAGGAAGCCAAAGAACAGUACAAGAAACGAAAGGAUGGGACGUUUUCAGAGAAUUCCCGCCGAAGCAGGACAGUGGGUCCAUGGAAAGUCAAAAAUGCUUGGAAUUCACAGUCAGAGUUCUGAAAAUCUUAGCAUAUGCAAUUACAUUUAUUGUAGUACUUGCUUCUGGCGUUGUAGCGAAAGGAACUAUUCUCUUUAUGACUUCUCAGUUAAGAAAAGAUAGAAGACUAGCUUAUUGUAAUAGGAAUUUAGGUAGGGAUAAACAAUUUGUCGUAAGUUUACCAGAUGAAGAGCGUGUGGCCUGGAUGUGGGUGAUUCUGGCUGCGUUUGCGAUACCCGAAGUAGGAACCUUCAUACGAUCUGUUAGGAUAUGUUUCUUCAAGUCAUCAAAGAAGCCAAGAAGCAUACAAUUUAUUGUGGUGUUCAUAGCUGAGUCACUACAUACGAUUGGUCUGGCUUUACUCUUAUUCAAAAUCCUACCCGAAUUAGACGUAGUCAAAGGCGCCAUGAUAACGAACUGUAUGUGCAUAAUACCAGCAAUACUCGGCCUACUAUCUCGGAACUCUCGAGACUCGAAACGAUUCGUGAAAGUUAUAGUCGACAUGGCGGCUAUAGUUGCUCAAGUUACUGGCUUCAUUGUGUGGCCGCUUCUUGAGAAUAAACCCGUGUUAUGGCUCAUACCAAUCUCAGCUAUAUGCAUAUCUCUUGGAUGGUGGGAAAAUUACGUGACCCGACAGAGUCCUAUUGGUAUAAUGAAAAGUUUGGGUAGACUGAAGGAAAAUUUGAACCAGUCCCGCUAUUAUAUCUAUAGACUCAUCUCUGUUUGGAAGAUUAUUCUUAUGAUGCUGUGCGUUAUGAUGUGUAUUUGGAUGGAUGGUGAUGAACCAGCGAUGUUUUUCCAAUUGUUCAAAGAAGGUUUUGGGCCACAUAACAUUGUUGUAGAAGAGGUCCAAAUUCAAUUGGGAGGCACAAUAAUUCCCGACUUGGCAAAUGCAACUUUAACAGGGGAUUCUGUGGAGGUGGCGGCAGUACACAAAUCUGCAUUCUACGUCCUUCUAAUACAAGUCUUUGCUGCCUAUUUCACGUAUAUUUUUGGGAAAUUCGCUUGCAAAAUUCUCAUUCAAGGAUUCAGUUAUGCCUUUCCUAUUAACUUGGUCAUUCCGCUAGUCGUUAAUUUAUUAAUAGCAGCUUGUGGCUUAAGGAAUGGUGAUACAUGUUUCUUCCAUGGUACCAUCCCGGAUUACUUGUUCUUCGAAAGCCCACCAGUUUUUAGCCUUAGCGACUUCAUAUCUAGACAAAUGGCGUGGGUGUGGCUGUUAUGGUUGCUCUCUCAAACAUGGAUAACGUUACACAUUUGGACACCUAAAACGGAACGUUUAGCUUCCACUGAGAAACUGUUUAUAUUGCCCAUGUACAGCGGAUUGCUCGUUGAUCAAAGUAUGGCACUCAAUAGAAAGAGGGAUGAUCAUAAAGAUGUGAAAACCGAGGACCUCGCUGAAAUAGAAAAGGAAAAGGGUGACGAGUACUACGAAACUAUAUCAGUGCAUACUGACAAUACGAGCUCUGCACCAAGAAUUGUUAAAUCGUCUGACUCUAUUACAAGGAUUUACGCAUGCGCAACUAUGUGGCACGAGACUAGAGACGAAAUGAUGGAGUUCUUGAAGUCAAUUCUAAGGCUGGAUGAAGAUCAGUGUGCUAGGAGAGUUGCCCAGAAGUAUUUAAGAGUUGUGGACCCUGAUUAUUAUGAGUUUGAAACCCAUAUAUACUUGGACGACGCCUUUGAAAUAUCGGACCACAGCGACGAUGAUUCUCAAGUCAAUAGAUUCGUGAAACUACUCGUGGAGACCAUUGAUGAAGCGGCUUCAGAAGUGCAUCAGACGACAAUUCGUGUCCGACCGCCAAAGAAGUACCCUGCGCCGUAUGGAGGAAGACUAACUUGGGUGUUGCCAGGAAAGACUAAAAUGAUAUGCCACUUGAAGGACAAGGCGAAGAUUCGUCACAAAAAACGUUGGUCGCAGGUGAUGUACAUGUACUAUCUUUUGGGACAUCGUCUAAUGGAGCUACCGAUAUCAGUGGACCGUAAAGAACUUAUGGCUGAGAACACGUACUUGUUAACUCUCGACGGAGACAUCGAUUUCCAACCUCACGCCGUCCGUUUACUUGUUGAUUUAAUGAAAAAGAAUAAGAACUUAGGAGCAGCCUGCGGUCGUAUUCAUCCAGUGGGAUCUGGUCCGAUGGUGUGGUAUCAGCUAUUCGAGUACGCUAUUGGUCAUUGGAUGCAAAAGGCUACGGAACACAUGAUUGGCUGCGUACUUUGUAGUCCGGGAUGCUUUUCGCUGUUCAGAGGAAAGGCUUUGAUGGACGACAACGUUAUGAAGAAGUAUACAUUGAAAGCUAAUGAAGCCCGGCAUUACGUACAGUACGAUCAAGGGGAGGACCGUUGGUUAUGCACACUGUUACUACAACGAGGAUACCGAGUAGAAUAUUCAGCUGCAUCCGAUGCGUACACGCACUGUCCCGAAGGCUUCAGCGAGUUCUACAACCAACGACGUAGAUGGGUGCCCUCGACUAUCGCUAAUAUUAUGGACUUGCUCAUGGAUUACAAACACACGAUCAAAAUUAACGAUAACAUCUCGUCUCCCUACAUUGCAUACCAGAUGAUGUUGAUGGGUGGAACGAUUCUUGGCCCCGGUACUAUAUUCCUUAUGUUGGUGGGAGCUUUCGUAGCUGCUUUUAGAAUUGAUAACUGGACUUCCUUUGAAUACAACCUGUACCCCAUUUUGUUAUUUAUGUUUGUUUGCUUCACGAUGAAAUCAGAUAUUCAGUUGCUCGUCGCGCAAAUUUUAUCCACUGGCUAUGCUAUGAUAAUGAUGGCUGUCAUCGUCGGUACGGCACUUCAAUUAGGCGAGGACGGCAUCGGUUCACCAUCUGCCAUUUUCCUUAUAUCCCUAUCGGGUUCCUUCUUUAUCGCCGCUUGUUUGCAUCCUCAAGAGUUUUGGUGUGUUGUACCGGGCAUUAUAUAUCUGUUAUCUAUCCCCUCUAUGUACUUGCUUUUAAUUUUGUACUCUAUUAUCAAUCUGAACAACGUAUCGUGGGGUACACGAGAAAUUCAACAGAAGAAAACCAAAAAGGAAAUAGAAGCAGAAAAGAAAGCAGCAGAAGAAGCAAAGAAAAACGCGAGACAGAAAUCAUUACUUGGAUUCCUUCAAGGAGUAAAUAAUAACGAAGAAGAAGGUUCCAUUGAAUUUUCUUUUGCGGGAUUGUUUAAAUGUUUACUUUGCACACAUCCUAAAGGAAACGAAGAAAAGGUGCAACUACUUCAUAUUGCCUCUACACUUGAAAAAUUGGAGAAAAAGAUUGAGAACGUCGAGAGGGUGAUUGAUCCACACGGUCAAACCAGAAGCAGAAAGCUUUCAGUGGGUUUGAGAGGGAGCACUAAUGGUGACGGAUUGGUGACUGUAUCAGAAAGGGAAGAGGAUGAACAUGAUUUGGAUUCCGAAACCGAUACCAUGUCGACAGUGCCAAGAGAAAAGAGAGACGAUUUAAUCAAUCCAUACUGGAUAGAGGACCCAGAUUUAAAGAAAGGAGAAGUUGACUUUUUGAGCCAGUCUGAAUUAGCGUUCUUCAAAGAUUUGAUCGAUAAAUAUUUAUAUCCUAUUGAUGCUAACAAGGAGGAGCAGGCUCGUAUUACCAAGGAUCUGAAAGAGUUGAGAGACACAUCUGUGUUUAAUUUCUUUAUGGUCAAUGCUCUUUUUGUUCUUAUUGUAUUUUUGCUACAAUUAAACAAGGACAACCUUCACUUUAAAUGGCCCCUUGGAGUUAAAACUAAUAUUACAUAUGAUGAGGCCACGCAAGAGGCUCGAAUUGCACGUGACUUAUUAGAGCUUCGCAAUAAAUCAGUUUUUGCGUUUGCCAUGUUCAAUGCUUUAUUUAUAUUGAUAGUAUUCUUAUUACAACUCAACAAAGAUCAACUCCACGUGAUUUGGCCUUUGGGAGUAAAGACAAACAUUACAUACAUCGAGGAUACAGGCGAGGUGCUUAUUUCAAAGGAAUAUUUACAACUGGAACCAAUUGGUUUAGUCUUCGUAUUCUUCUUUGCUCUUAUUCUCGUAAUCCAAUUUUCGGCUAUGUUGUUCCAUAGGUUUGGAACUAUUUCACAUAUAUUAGCUUCAACAGAACUUAAUUGGUUCUGCACUAAGAAGGCUGACGAUUUGUCACAAGAUGCGCUUCUCGAUAAGAAUGCAAUAGCAAUAGUAAAAGAUUUGCAAAAACUUAACGGGUUGGACGACGAAUACGAUAACGACUCUGGGUCGGGUCCUCAGAACGUUGGUAGACGCAAGACCAUCCAUAAUUUGGAAAAAGCGAGACAGAAGAAGAGAAACAUCGGCACUUUAGACGUUGCGUUCAAGAAGCGUUUCUUUAAUAUGAACGCAAAUGAUGGUCCAGGCACUCCAGUUUUGAAUCGAAAGAUGACUUUACGCAGAGAGACUUUGAAAGCGUUGGAAACAAGAAGAAAUUCUGUGAUGGCUGAGCGAAGGAAAUCGCAGAUGCAAACACUAGGCGCUAAUAAUGAAUAUGGAGUUGCAGGAAUGCUUAACAACAACCAUGGCAUCGCCCCGCGGCAUCGAACAUCCACUGCCAAUAUAUCGGUGAAAGAUGUCUUUGGUGAACCUAAUGGAGGAAUGGUGAACCGCGGAUACGAAACAACACUAGGCGAUGAAGACGACAGUAAUUCCAUGAGACUUCAACCAAGACAGAACCAAGUCUCUUUCUCAACAAGAUUUCAGUGA